GGACUGAUCAACAGUUGCAGUCGAUUUACCCACCAGCUAAAACCCAAUUCACAAAAUGUUCAAAUUCAUUGCCUUCUUUGCCUGCUUGGCCGUGGCAGCAGCUGCUCCAGGACUGAUUGCUCAGACGCACUCAAUUGUACAGCCAGCUGCUUACAUUGAUACCAGCGCAUCAUCCGCCAUUACCCAUCAGAGUAAUGUUAAUCUGGUACGAAAAAUACCUGUCGCUCCACUGGUCCACGCUGCUCCUCUUCCGGUUCCCGCUGCUGUGGUCAAGACUGUAGUGCCUGCCGUUGCCGCUGUACCCGUAGUUAAGGCAGUACACGCUGCUCCAGUCUUGCACUCGGCACCUAUUAUUAGCACAUAUGCCGUUGCCACGCCCGUGGUCCAUAGUGCUUAUCCGGUUGUCCAUUCAGUGCCCUUGGUCAAAACAGUGGCAGCGGUCGCUCCCGUUACACACUAUACAGCAAUCCAUAAGUAAAUCGAUUUGAAAUCUUGUUGACCCGAACUACAAAAUAAAACUACUUCCAAUACAUUACAAAUCAA